CAAGUAUCUUGGCUUAAACGUGACUGGACACCCGCGAAAAUCAAAUCGGGAAAAAACUAGACAGAGAUACGUCGUCCAAGAAAUUGAUUAGUCUUCAAUAAACCAUUGAUAAACAUUGAGACUUUGUUAACACCAAAAAAAUAAACUGUUGUUAGUCGUUCUUGGUGUUGUUAGAUAGACAAACAUGGUUUAUUGCACGUCAAACAGAGAGUGUCUUAGUUCGAAAUGAGGUGUGCGACAAAAAGGGCUGGGUAGGUUUUUUCCGGUAUGUCUUGACAGAUUUCGUGUGUGCCGUGUUUUUUUAGUGAUGUUUUGUGGAUCGGAAAAGGAAUUUUGGCUGAUAAAUCAGCAUGUACCUUAGCCGCAUGAUAGAGGGAAGGUUAGCACUCCUAGUGUGGAUUUUUUCGUUGUGGUCUGCAAGGAUAGCAUAUGGUGUGGUGGGAAUGCUGGAAUUCGGCACGGAAGUGGUGUGCACCAACAGUCCAGGACUGAUCCAUCGACAGAGAGACAUGUGCCGGUCCUCGCCUGACGCCAUGGUCGCGGUGGGGGACGGCAUCAGACUGGCCACCGAGGAAUGCAGAUACCAGUUCCGGAACCACCGCUGGAACUGCACUGGCAUCGAAAACCCAUCGUCUUUCGGGCACGUGGUCGUAGUCGGUUCCCGUGAAGCAGCCUUCACGUACGCCAUAAGCAGCGCCGGCGUGGCCUACUCGGUGACAGCGGCGUGCGCCAGGGGCAACAUUUCGGCCUGCGGAUGCGACCCGGGGCCGAAACCGAGGGAACCGACGCCGGCGGGGUGGAAGUGGGGCGGGUGCAGCGUCGACGUCAAUUUCGGCGUGAGAUUUUCGAGGAAGUUUCUCGACGUGCGGGAGUUGGAGGGGGACGAGAGGAGUCUGAUGAAUUUGCACAAUAACAAGGCCGGACGGAAGGCCGUCAAAUCCAGCCUCAUAGUCGAAUGCAAGUGCCACGGCGUAUCGGGCAGCUGCACGAUGAAAACCUGCUGGAAAACCCUGCCGACGUUCCGGCAAGUCGGCGACAUCCUCAUGAAGAAGUACUACAGGGCGCGCCCGGUGGCCUCCCAAACAGGAGCCUCCAAUAUGGGAGCCUCCCACGUGGGCGCCUCCCAUGUGGGAGCCUCCCACCGUCGGAGGGCCAAGCGGCAGCACCUGGUGCUGACCAAGGGCAAGGUGCCGGUGAAGCGGGAGCCGAAAAAGUCCGAGUUGGUGUAUCUGCAGAUGUCGCCCAACUAUUGCGAGAGGGAUUUGGCGGCGGGAUCGCUGGGAACGGCGGGGAGGCGGUGCAACAGGACUUCGAGAGGUAUCGACGGUUGUGACUUGAUGUGCUGUGGAAGGGGCUACAACACACACCAAUAUACAAGAACAUUCCAAUGCAGGUGUAAUUUCGUAUGGUGUUGUAAAGUUGAUUGCGACACUUGUAGUGAAAGGACUGAAGAAUACACGUGUAAAUAGUCGGUGAUGAAAAAAACGUUUUGUGAAGUUUUGUGACAAUUUGGAUGGAUGAAUUGAUUAUGACCUUGACUAAAAUUACAUUACGAUACCUUCACUCAUAUAAGUUGAAGUUUCUCAAGUAUUAUAUUGAAUCUCAACAACAAAAAACUAUUGUAAAGUGUCAGUUUCAACAUUGUUUCAAUCUACUGCAUUUUAUUUUCCACUUUUUAAAUUUUU